GUCACCAUGAGGGCGCUGCUCCUGUUCUGCUUUGUGGCCUCGCUCCUGCUCUCGGGACAAGCAGAACUGCAAGUCCCUGCUUCGGGUGGCACAGAAGAUGUUGGCAAUUUGUUGGAGAAUCAUUUCUCUGCUGGAGACGCAAGUCUAGAGGAGAAAGAAAGGGCUCUGUAUGCAGAUGCGGCCCCGCGAGACGAGAACCUGCUCCUUCACUACCCAGACGGCAGGGAGGCCGAGAGUGCGGAGCGCACCACCGCCGGGGCCCCUCCAGCUGCCCCCGGCCCAGGCUCCGAGCCGGAAGCCAGCCUCCCCAAUGCCUCAGCCACAGAGUCAGCCCCACCCGGGGACGCCACAGGGCCCGGGGAAGAGCAGGGCCCAGCAGCAGCAAGCGCCCUUCCUCCAGGAGGGGACGAGGGGUCCUUGCAAGAGGAGAGGCAAGAGCUCAGUUCGGGAGAGGGACCGGGGGAGGAGGCAGCUGGGCUCGGGCUCCCCUCGGAGGGAGCUGCCAGCGGGGAGACGCAAGGGCAGGCUGGGGGUGGCAAGGUCCCCAAGGAAGCGGAAGGGGUACUAGGGGACAGCCCUGUGCAAGGAGCAGCUGCAGAGACGGCCGAGCCUGAAGCCUUGGGGAUCGCCCCUAGCUCAGAGGACGAACAGAUCCACACCCUGGAGGGAGAAGGCAAAGGCAGCCCUGGGCCUGACCACGGGCCUACGGAGCUAGAUGGAACUCCUGACGGUGCAUCUGCGGGAGAAGAGCCAAAGGCCGACUUGGACACAGAAGCCAGAGAGAGAGCUGAGGACCAGCACCAGGUCCACACCCUGGAGACAGAAGGCAAAGGUGGCCCUGGGCCUCACCAGGGCCCCGCAGAGGUAGAUGGAGGCCCGGACACCGUGUCUGUGGGAGAAAGCCUGGAAGCCAGGGAGGGCGCUGAGGACCAGGGGAAGCCCAGCCCCAGCCAGGAGGCUGGCCCAGCUGCUGCAGAGGCCGGCACUGAACCUGGGGGCACCAAGCACUCUGAGGAAGAGGGGAUGGAGCAGGACCGCCCCCCAGAGGGCCAGGUGCCAGUGAUGCGCCAGGACGAGGGGGGUGAGGCCUCCUCUGAAGAAGAGGGCGAUGAGGAAGGUGGAAGUGAGGAAGAAGAGGGAGACCCAUCCGAAGAAGAUUCCGGGGAAGACAGCGGCGAUGGAGCCAGCUCAGAAGAAGCAGGGGCUGCCUCUGAGGAGGCCUCAGGAACUGCAGGUCUCGGGGAGGAAGAGACCCAGCCCAGCACCGAGGGCUUGGAUUCCGGGCCUGCAGGUAGCCAGGCCCAGGACACUGAGGCAGAGGAGCCUGAAGAGGGACAUCAGGGGCCAGAGAGUCCCAUCACUGCCCCCCAGGAAGAGACGGAAGAUGUGAGUGAAGAAGUCCCAAUGAGGGACCGCUCCCACAUCGAGAAAACCCUGAUGCUGAAUGAGGACAAGCCGACUGAUGACUUCUCUGCGGUACUGCAGCGGCUUCGAAAGAUCUACCACUCAUCCAUCAAACCCUUGGAGCAGUCUUACAAAUACAAUGAGCUGCGGCAGCACGAGAUCACAGAUGGGGAAAUUACUUCCAAGCCUAUGGUGCUAUUCCUGGGACCGUGGAGUGUUGGUAAAUCCACCAUGAUAAACUACCUCCUUGGGUUGGAAAACACUCGAUACCAGCUCUAUACAGGCGCCGAGCCCACCACCUCCGAGUUCACGGUCCUCAUGCACGGACCCAAGCUGAAAACCAUAGAGGGCAUCGUCAUGGCUGCCGACAGCGCCCGCUCCUUCUCACCCCUCGAGAAGUUUGGCCAGAACUUCCUGGAGAAGCUGAUUGGCAUCGAGGUUCCCCACAAGCUUCUGGAGCGUGUCACUUUUGUGGAUACACCAGGCAUCAUUGAGAACCGCAAGCAGCAAGAAAGAGGCUACCCUUUCAACGACGUGUGCCAGUGGUUCAUCGACAGAGCUGACCUCAUCUUUGUCGUCUUCGACCCCACCAAGCUGGACGUGGGCCUGGAGCUGGAGACCCUCUUCCGUCAGCUGAAGGGGCGCGAAUCCCAGAUAAGGAUCAUCCUGAACAAGGCGGACAACCUGGCCACACAGAUGCUGAUGCGGGUUUACGGGGCUCUCUUUUGGAGCUUGGCCCCUCUCAUCAACGUCACGGAGCCCCCGAGGGUUUACGUCAGCUCCUUCUGGCCACAGGAGUAUAAGCCUGACACCCACCGUGAGCUGUUUCUCAGAGAAGAGAUCUCCCUCCUGGAAGACCUGAACCAGGUGAUUGAGAACAGGUUGGAGAACAAGAUUGCUUUCAUCCGCCAGCACGCCAUCCGGGUGCGCAUUCACGCCCUCUUGGUUGACCGCUACCUGCAGACUUACAAGGACAAAAUGACCUUCUUCAGUGAUGGGGAGCUGGUCUUUAAGGACAUUGUGGAAGAUCCUGAUAAAUUCUACAUCUUCAAGACCAUCCUGGCAAAGACCAAUGUCAGCAAAUUUGACCUUCCCAACCGCGAGGCCUAUAAGGACUUCUUUGGCAUCAAUCCCAUUUCCAGUUUCAAACUCCUCUCCCAGCAGUGCUCCUACAUGGGAGGUUGCUUCCUGGAGAAGAUCGAGCGGGCCAUCACCCAGGAGCUGCCCAGCCUCCUGGGGAGCCUCGGGCUCGGGAAGAAUCCAGGUGCUCUCAACUGUGACAAAACAGGGUGUGGCGAAACCCCCAAGAAUCGCUACAAGAAGCACUAGAUUGUGGUGUAGCUGUUCUCAGUUUCUGUGGGUGAAUGAGCUUGUGUCCUGUCUGAGAAGUCCUGGUUUAUUAACCCUCUGAUUCCUGCAAGAAUCGUCGUGCACUGGAGGUGUGGGAGUUCCUUCAGGCCAGUGGUGGGGUGUGGCGGGUCUGGGGGGAGAGUGGAAACUGUGAAUAAUAGUGUGCUUGUCUUGUGGCUUCACUUAGGAGGCCUGACACGCAAGUCAGGCUCCCUCUGCUUGUCCUGGGUCCUCCCUUGGUCUCUUGGAGGGACAGAGAGCAGCUAAGUUCUCGUGUACACUUCUGAAUCACCGAGGAGCAAAUAAGCUACAUGCUUUUCCCUGGAUGCUGGGCAGGUAGUGAGGACCCGAGCGAUAGCCAGCGCUCAGGUCCGCAUCGCUUCCUUCCACACACACAGCCCCUGGCCCCUCCUGAGCUUGCACUGCUUUCAACAGGGGUGCGUCUUGGGGGUCUGAAUCGGGCUCGGUUUUGAGCCUGUCCCCUGGGUCCUGUUUCUGGUUCCCCAAGGGGUGGGGUGGUGGUGGCACCAAAGUGCCAGGUGAGAACAAAGGUCCCGGGUUAGGACAAGGAUCUGCCUUCCCCAAGGUCCUUUCUCUGACUUCAUUGUCUAAGCUGGCUGGGCAGCCCGUUCUGUAUGGGCCCCAGCCGGCAGGCGAGUGAGUGGUCAGCGGAUUUGGGGAACUUUCCCCUCGGAGGUGACUGGAGUGAGGAAGUAGAAGGGCUCAGAGGGUUAAUUGGUUUGCAGUGUGUCUUUGUCUAAUGCAUGUCCUGGAAAACUCAGAUCCCAAGGCGUUGGGUUUCAGAGCAGACAACAGAGAUCCUGCUCCUCGGCACGGGGGGCGUCUCUGGGCAGCCAGCACGUCCCGAAUUGAAGAGGAGACUGUUUCCACAACUCCUCUGUGGGAACGCCUGGCAGAGGGGUAGUUCCUUCCCGGUUUCCGUUACCACGGCUCUUCCUUUCCUUUCUUCUCCAUUCCCUGAUGCACCAAAACUUAACACGUGGAGGAAUCUCCCAGGAGAGUCAGAACCAGCACCAGCCCCGUGGUUCUGGGCACAGCCAGGCUUCUUGUCUGCACUCCGUGCAGACGUCCGUGAACGAACCACAGCAAGCCAGGCCCUUCAGAUACCGCCGGGUGUGCCUGUGAGUACAUGGUCUGAGAGAGGCUAGGGAGGCGACAUCCACUCGAGGGCAGAGAGGAGGAACCCGCAUGAGUCCUCCAUGGCCAGCCUGCGCUGCCACCUCAGACUGGGCAGAGGGGACAGGUAGGGGAGCAGCAGCCUCUUGGUGAAAGGUGCGUGGGGAGUGGUCUGUGCAGUCUAGGAGAUGGCCCAAGCUUGGCUGCCUGGAGGGGUUCUCUUGGGAGCAAGCAGGAGCAGGAUCCACCGGCACCAGGAGGUCAUUCUGGACCAGAGGGAAAGUGAAAGGGAGGGCACAGCGAUAGGCGCUCCAGGGAUUGGGCAGUGGAAGCGAGGCAGGCAGAUGAGGGCCGCCCAGAGCCACAGCUUAGGAAUUCCUUUUCUCAGAAGGGUAACGGUCUGGUGCAUGCUGCGAGGGAGGCCGCUGCUUUUGGCUUCGUGGAGCGCCUGGAACCUCCCCCAGGAAAACCAGCGGCUCCAAGUCUCCAGGACUUGUUUCCUAGGAGCAAGUCAACCCGGAAAAAAAAAAAAAAAAAAAAAAAAGCAAGUUCUAAAAGGAGCAUCCAAGGAGCCUAAUGACCUGGGAAUGAGCUGGAAUCUGUCUUGGACUUUUCUUCUCAUUAAAAAACAAAAAAGCC